UGGAGACCUGGACCUGGUUAAGGAUGAGUGUGGUCAGUUUGCCUACGACGGUCUAUCCCAGGUCCACUGGGUGUCCUUCCUGAAUGGUCGCCAGCGCGUGCUGCUCUUCACCGAGGACGUUGCCGUGGUGACCAAGGCGCGGCAGGCGGAGGAGCUGGAGCAGUUCCAACAGGAAGUGAACGUGUCGCUGCAGAACCUUGGCCUGUCACUCGUCAACAACGACAACCGCCAGGAGAUCGCAUAUGUCGGCAUCACCAGCUCUGGUGUGGUGUGGGAGAUGAGACCUAAGAGCCGAUGGAAGCCUUUCAACCAGAGGAACAUCAGGCUGUUGGAGAAGGCCUACCAGAAACACCUGGCUGGAGGCACACCUGAACCCGGCUGGGUCAAACUGGAGACCAACUUAGAGGUGAACUUUGGGAAGGUUCCCAUGGUGAUGCGUCAGCCCUUUUCCAGUAGUAUCAGGAGGAACUUCCUGUCUGGGAUUCAGGUGGAGUUCAAACAGUCGCCUCAUCAGAGAAGUCUCCGGGCCCAGCUACACUGGCUCCAGGUGGACAACCAGCUGACUGGAGCUUUAUUCCCCAUUGUGUUCCACCCUGUUCCUCCUCCAAAGUCCAUCGCUCUGGACUCAGAACCAAAGCCUUUUAUGGACGUCAGCAUCAUCACCAGGUUUAACCAACACAGUCAGGUCACGCAGUUCAAGUACUUCAUGGUUCUGGUCCAGGAGAUGGCUGUGAAGAUUGACCAGGGAUUCCUGGGAGCCAUCUUGGCCCUGUUCACCCCAGCUGCCGAAUCGCAUGUGGACAAACAGAAGACCAAGCUGAUAGAGAAGGACUUGGCGAUGUUACAGGCUGAAUUAAUGGAGGCGUCCAUGACCGACAACUCAGGCCUCAGCUUCUUUGAAUACUUCCACAUCUCCCCCAUCAAACUACACCUCAGUCUGUCUCUGGGCUCUAGUGGAGACGAGUCUGGUCAACAGGAGAUGAUGGCCAUCCAGUCAGUCAACCUUCUGUUGAAGAGUCUUGGAGCGACACUGACCGACGUAGACGACCUCAUCUUCAAACUUGCCUACUAUGAGGUGAACUACCAGUUCUACAGGACAGAGAAGCUGAUGUGGGCUGUGGUUAGACAUUACAGUGAGCAGUUCCUGAAACAGAUGUAUGUGUUGGUGCUGGGCCUGGAUGUCCUGGGAACCCGUUCGGCCUGAUCAGAGGCCUGUCUGAAGGAGUGGAGGCCUUCUUCUACGAGCCCUUCCAGGGAGCGGUUCAGGGACCUGAGGAGUUCGCUGAGGGCUUUGUGAUCGGAGUACGCAGUCUACUGGGUCACACUGUCGGUGGCGCUGCAGGCAUGGUGUCCCGUAUUACGGGUCAGUGGGUAAAGGACUGGCUGCCAUCACCAUGGAUAAAGAGUACCAGCAAAAA